AAUUGGGGAGAAUCGUGCAUAUAUAUAGAGAGAUUUUAAAAAAAUUAUCCGUUAGAGUGGGGCCCAGUAACAGUUUUGUUAACGGAUACAAGAUUUUGGUGGUAACUUCAAAUUUUUAAUUUUUGUGGUGUUAAAAUAUAUUUUUUUUUUUUGAAUAUCAAAAACCAUUUUCAGCCUUUUAUCAGGUAUGAAAAUCCAAAAUAUCUUCAAUAUGAAAUGAAUGAAUAAUGAAGUACCCGAAAACGCGGAAAACCGCGAGAGCUAGCUAAUGAACCCCCACGCUAUUUAUAUACUGUAUCACGCUUUUUCCUCAAUGACUCUACCUUUGAUUACACUUUGCCUCUUCUGUUAAACUCCAAAAACUGAGCAAUUGUGAAGCUCGAGUAAGCGGACGUUGAUGGCAGAAUUCGUCAACACUGAAAUGCAUCUAGGUGCUAAAUCUCAGCGGAUGAAGACGGACAAUGACAGUGACAGUGACAGCGACAUGGAUCUAUAUGACGACAUCAUUUUACCAGGGCGUCAGCUAUCCCCUUCUUCUGUAUCCUCACUCAAGGAUCCCUCUGCUCCACAGGCAUUGUCGCGGCGUCUUCAUCCUGACAUGGAACAGCAAGAACAAUAUGCUGCGUUCUUAUACCAGCAUCCUCCUGCACCAUUGUUGUGGUCAACUCUUCAUCCUGGCAAAGAAAUGCCAAAAUAUUCUCCUCUUGACCAUUUCCAACUCCGACAAUGAAAGCUACACAACUUGGAGGGCACGUGUAUGUGAAUCUGAUAGCCCUCCACUGAAGCGACUUCGUCAUGAUGAAAUCAAAGCCGACUUGACCUUUGCCCCUACUUUUGACAGUGAGGAUGACAAUGAUGACGGGUAUAGCUCUGAUGCCUCUGAUUCUUGCUACGUGGAAUUGGAUAGACCCACCCAAAUGCAGCCACUUGAUCCUCAUGCUGCAGCUAGUGAUGAACUGGAAGGGGAAAAUAACACCACCAGUGGAUUGUUUGAUUUAGAGCUCGCAAGAAAGAAGUUUUUAUUUGCCCUUAUGGAACCUCAGCACCCAGACUCAGAAAAUGAGGUGAAUUUGUUUGAUCACGAACGUAGAUGUUUUGAUCUGGCUUUGGCCUUUCUCAAAGAGACGAAGGGCGGUGAUUAUAAGUUUGUACUGCUUGUUACAAUGUGCCCUUUAACUACAUCAAAAGGUUGGGGCACUCAUACAUACUUUUUUGCUCAUCUCAAAGGCACAAAUUCUUCUCCAGAACUCUUUUUCGCCGACGUGGUGCUUGCACCAGUAAAUUCUGUACACUGUUGUAAAGUGGAUCCUAGUUCCUUUUCUCUUGGUAAAGCUCCUCUCCAGUUUGAAGUGAUUUCUCAUUGCCCGCACGUCAAGUGUUUUGAGUGUGUUGAUCAUUGUAACUAUGAGUUUGAAAGUGAUAUCGAGGUCAGCAGGUGAUCUAGAAGAUUUAGAAUCUUGCUCUACGACUUAUAUGGAUUCUUUUGUCUAUUUGAAGGACCUGUGUUGAUUACUGUUGUUAACUUAUGUCUGGCAUAUUACAAAGAAAAGAAGGGCGUUGAUUAUGAGUUAGUCCAUCUUGUUGGACAAACCGUUAUUAACAGAUCAGUUGGUUGGGGUACUCAUAUCAACUUUUUUGCUGAUAUAAAAUAUGCACCAAAUGAAGUUUUACACUGUUGUAGACUAACUCCAGCGCCCUAUAAUUUUGGCGAAACUCAUCCUCCGGAUGUUUUUAUCUUUCACUGUCCGCAUGUUGAGUGCUUGCAAUGUGAUGCGUUUCUCAACUAUUUCUACCAUGAUGAUAGUGAAGAAGAUGUAAUCGAUAUCUAAAUAUGUAACUAAUUAAUGUUGUAGACUUAUUAUUAGUGCUAGGAUUAGGACGAUUAUCACUGAAUUUGGCAAUAAAAACAUAUAUUAUGUAUUGAAUCGUUGUGAUAUAUCAUGAAAAUUCAUUGCAAUUAGAUGUUUCGUUUUUCUGGGCAAUUCUUCCUGUAAACCCUAAUUCUCAUUUAUCUUAUGUACCCUAUAUUUUUUCUGGGUGUCUGUACAGGAUUUUUCUCAAUUUCAUGCUAAUUUCCGCCUUUCUACUUUGAUUUCUUGUGUAUCUGAAAAUUUUCAAUCAUUUGGGUA